CUAUUUCUGGAACGCGCAUGAUAUUGUCAUGAUCUUCUCUCAACCUCGACUUGCGAACUUGGGGUUAAAUGAGCUCGGUCUCGAUUACUCUCUUCCAUAUUCUUCUGUGGAGUUGUCAAGGAACGCAGACAAAGAGCCUCUGGCGCCGGCUUCUGUCCAACCACUUUUGGAGCGUCUGCACGAUAUUCUUCAGGCAACAGACGUCUCGUAUAUAUCAAGCACUCUACGCGUGUCUACGGGAGCAUGCGGCCAAACGGAAAUCAGCGGCACACUGAAAUCCCAGUUUCGUGAUAUUCUCAGAGUGUCAUAUUCAUUAAAGACUUUAGAUCAUGCGGUCAAGAUCGAGGUAUUGUGAAUAUUUGAGUUUCACAAGCCUUGACAACACCUCGGUACUCACCUUUCUACCCAACAGCUUGCCUCUUCGCGGGGAAUAUCCUUCACUAGAAUGGUUGAGCGAUCAUGUGGGUCAGCAGAAAAGGAUUCAUUCCGUGAGAAGCUUCCAGAAGACUAUCGAGAAUAUUUCUGAGAAAUUUGAUGGAGCUGCACUUUGCAAUACACCUUCACAGUUUUCAUCAGUUGAAAGACACUAUCUGAGCUGUGAGGACUUGACCGACGUGGUUACACAAGCGAGAACGCUCGCCAAUGAUAAACAACUUUCCGACAUUCCAUCAACACUGUUAUCACGUCUACUCACUGUGCUGAGUGCACACCUGAAACAAGCGAAUGGCCUUCGUCUACAUAGCAGUUCUGACGAGACAAGUAUCGAAGCUCAAAAUAUUUUGGUUGGCCUAGAUGCUGUUUCUAUAUCUUUACUUAUCCUUGGAGCAGAUGACAUGCCGAAGGAGCUCUAUCAGGAGGAAUGGAUCGACGAAAUGGUGGAUUAUAUCAGGUUUCAUCUAGUCCACAACAUAUUCGUAUUUUUUGAUGCGGCACACUAUCAAAUUCACAGAGCUCAUGAAGGAGUUGGCUUCUGUGAAGAUGACAUCUGCCAGGCAGCUCCCACUCAGAGGAAGAAAAGGCGAAAAAAUGCGUCAUUGUCUCGAUGCCAUCAAAAAGAUAUAGAUUCUUCAUCAAAUAAUAACAUUCCAAAGGUGGUGUAUUCCAUCAGCUCGAAGCUUUCAAUGCUCUUAGGUCAACUGGCUAACCUUUUGCUUGUUGUUCGUGUGCCGGAUGCCAUUACACUGCAGCUGACAAGCUUCGGAUUAUCUGUGUUCACGAUUGAUAAUAUAUUUCUUCUACAAAAUCAAGCCAUUAAACUGGUUGUUGCCGCAUUUAGAACCCAACCGAAGCUCCGUGGUGUGAUCAUGGAUAACUUGAUGCUGACGUUACUAAAAAUGCCUUCAAGUGGUCGAGGCAUCCGCAGGUAUAUGCUCCCUGACGAUGAAACACCGUGCAUACAGAUGAUUACAGCGGUACUGGCUUCAUGUAUUCAGAGCAGUGUAACAUUUUCUGCUGGGCUUGCAGCAGGUGGAGAUGAGCAACGCUCGAUUUGUGAGACUGAAACAGUAGGAUAUGCACCAGCUUUCCACUGGAGUCAUACCUUUUGGAAGGAGUUACUCAACAGCUGGCAGUCUGCAAAGGACCAAGAAAUAGACAUUAAAGGGUUAAUCCAAAACCUCGUCACUGACUUACUGACGUUGCUUAAGUUUCCGGAAUGGCCUGUAGCAAGUCUGCUGUUACUAUGUCUGUGCUCCCAGCUACUGUCAAGCUGUGGAAUUUGCUCUACUGAAAUACGAAUCAGAGAAUUCGCUCUUGACCUCCUCGGGCAGAUCUCAGCACGCUUAAAAAAUGAUUCGAAAACAUGUGAGAGUGACAACAUUCUCGGAUAUCUAGCAAGAAAUACUAAGCAAAAUAUCAGCAUGACUGGUGGACGUGGUUUUGCUUGGGCUGUUGAUGCAGCCCGUGCAGAUGUGGCCACAACUCUGGUUGCCUCAAACCAUUGCGGAGUGCCAGUUGCUUUUAGCGAGGAAAGGUUUGUCCUCGAGGCCAUACUUCUUCGUUAUGUUCAUAUGCAGAGACCAAAUGACCCGGUGCUAAAUAGCUCAGAACAAUCUGCUCUAACAUUUCUUUUUGCCCAGCUUGCACGUGAGGCAGACCGCCAUGGGACCGGGUUUCGUUCAGGAGUUCCUUGCCCUGGUGCUUAUCGAGUGGCAUAUCAGAAAUUGUAUGAAGUCCUGAAUUCAUCAACUGAAGCUGAUUUAAACAGAAGAUCACGUGACAGUGAUCCCAUCCCACGCGCGAUUGCGGUUCGUCUAUUCCGUGCUUUUAGUCGACACCUUCCUCUCGCUCAGCAAGUGGACACUCUGUUUCGUCGACUGAUUUGGGCUCUAGAUGACUCGGCCAUCACUGUGCGUGCAGCUGCAGUGCGUGCUAUCGACAAUGUUGUUUCUGCUGAUCACCGGAUUUUAGGAGUUGAACAAAUACGGUCAGCGAUAGAACGACGUAUGACUGACAGUGGCACAAUGGUGCGAUCAUCAAUAGUCGAUCUCCUUGGGAAACACAUGCACAAGGCUGAGUUUGCAAACCAAUACUAUAAGUCGAUCCUUGAACGCAUAUCUGAUGUUGGCGUCAGUGUGCGCAAACGUGUGAUUAAUAUCUUACACAGUUAUCUUGAAACGCUUCCAAACAUGAGUAUCAGGAUAGAAAUAUUGCGCACUCUCGCUUUUCGCAUUUCAGAUGACGAUACUGGGGUCCAGGAGCUUGUUGUCCGAAUUUUUCGAGGCUUAUGGCUCUCACAACUACCCGCAAGUAAUCAUGUUUGUCAACUCACUGAUGCAGAAACAACAGAUUUUCUCUCUGAGCGUGCGGAACAUUUUGUCAAUGUGCUCUGGGAUGUUUUCUGCAGUGUCAGUCGGACAGGACUCGCAAAACUUCCGCUUUUGCCCACCUUUCCCAUCGUUGCAAUACUUCGUCGUACCCUUUCCUCGUCUGAAGAUGACGCAGCGACUUUGUGGAAAGGUGACAGGAAGGGAACAAAAGAUUCAAUCGACAUAAUUAGGGCGAACGAUAUGUGCAAUGCAAUCCUCAAUGGGUUGCUUCUGCAAGAAGAAUACGAUGGCGGUCGCGAAGACGCUCUUGAAGUUCCAUUUUUGAUCGAAGAUACUCAAUUUGAUCGACGGAGCUACACGCUGUCAUUUCCCCGCGCAGUACGGUAUGCCCUUGGUCUCCACGUGUUUUGUGUUGCUGAUCGUAAGCUGCUUGUUGGUGAUGUCAACCCGACAGCAUUAGUCACUGCGUUACAUCCUUAUCUCAAGAGAUGUGAGAAUAAUCCUGCUAAUGCAAUACAGCUGCAGUGUUGUUUAUCAGUGAUCGAUGCAGUCGUGGAGGAAGUUGGCUGCCUUUCAUUCUCUAGUGCAUGUGAGUUGGAAAAGGACCUCCGCUGUCUCUUACUACGCAGCACGUAUCAUGGUGUGCUCUACUAUGCUGCUCGCUGUAUUUGCUCCACCUCCAAAAUUGAUAGUGGCACAGGUGCACUCCCUGGUGCUUUACAGAUAUGCUAUCGUUUUGUAAAGAUGUUGAAUGAAGUAUGCAUAGAACGAGAACUAUCCAACGGAGAGCAUGCACAUGUGGCACGCGCACUUUUUGUUCUCGGCCACCUGGCAAGAUUCGGUGCUGAGACGUUUGAAAAUUAUGGCGAUAGAGAAGUGUCCCCAACUCGUCUUCUGCACAUAUUUCGCAGUUUUCUGCAACGGACCAGUCGUCAAGAGUUUGACCUGAAGAAAAGCGCACUGCGGGCAUGCGGUCUACUCUUCGUUUCUCGUCCCUGUUUGAUGCUUUCGGCAAAAGGUGACUUUGGCAAGGGUUCCAUGGAUGGUAUCAUGUGUGCAGCUCUCAGUACGUCUGCAGAAUGUGGUCUGAAGGAGCAGGCUCUUCUAAAUCUAGAGGAGUAUCUUCGAGAAGAGGAGUCCCGUGCACUGAUACGUUUCCCAGUGCGUGGUGAUCAGACGAGUCAGACAAAAUAUUUCAGCCAUGAUGAUGUCUGUAAUGACGGCUUGGUCAAUCUUCAUGGAGGCAAAACAGAAAACUUGCAAACAGUCAAUGGUGAGUAUGAUAACAGUCUCGCAAAUGGUGUUGCGCAGCGAUAUUGGUCCGACGUGAUCGAACUUUCUACAGACCCUGAACCAAGUGUCCGCCUGAAGGCAUUACACCUUGUUGAAAUAGUGCUUCGUCAAGGUCUUGUCCACCCGAUGUCUUGUUUUCCGCCGCUUAUUGCAUUGCAGAUUGACCCUGUAGUUACCGUGCGGAAGCUUGCAUUUCGGCUGCUGAAGCAACAAAGAGGCAAACACCCUGAAUUUUUUGAUCAUCAAUUAAAUUUGGCGCUCGAGUUGUUAUUCGACUACUGCAAGAGAAUACGAUCAGCUGUGAAGAGCAUGGCAAAAGAGAGACAGCGGAAUGUCGACCUGCUGGUUCUCAGGGCUUCUAGUGCUGAUGACAUUAAUACUGGCUUCAUAAAUUUGUACAAGCUGGUGAACACGUGUCGUGCUGCGCGCUUCAAGUUUCUUCAUGCAGUGCUGCUUCGAUACGAGAAGAAAGUCGUGAACUCUGAAAUCACCUACGUGUGCUUCCUUGCGAGUGCUACUGCUGCGCUCCCUUUCACCAUGAACGAUGAGGUCUUAUUUGUUAUCUUUCAUCUAAAUCGUAUCAUAUCGCUCCAUGCAUCAGCACUUACAGAAACAUUUCUGGAUACUCUCAAGAAACCGUGGGAUUCUGCUGGAGAGUUGAUUCCAACUCACACUGCCUUAUGUUUGUGCGAGAAUUUCGACAUUUCCUUUCUGCUUUCCAUUAUGAUUUUGCUGAAACGUCACCUGAAGGAGCUGUACGACCUCACAGAUGCUCGUUUGCGUGCGUAUUCUCCUUCUGAGCCUCUCAAAACAGGAGAAACUCUUGUUAGAAGAUCUGAAGUUGGCCAGCUCGACCUCUCUUGGGUAGAUCCUGAGUCAGUAGAAUCCCGUUUAUGCUGUGCGCGACAGAUUCAACUACUUUGCUCAUUAUUGCUAGAUGAUACGAUCGAUCAUAUCAGUGUAUAAACAGAUACGCGAGGUAUUGAAUUUAAUUGAAAAGUUGUUUAUACAUUUUAUAUC